UCCCGCAUCAGGGGGUGCCGGGGGGUCGCAGGCGCCCACGGGCAGGCUCCGGGUCCCCGCAGCGCCCAGCGGGCAUGGAGAGGAUGCAGCAGGUCGUGGGGAGGGCCAGGGCGGCCUUCAGCUCGGGACGGUGCCGCUCGCUGGAGUUCAGGCUGCAGCAGCUGAAGAACCUGGAGCGGAUGGUGCGGGAGAAGGAGAAGGAGAUCCUGGCGGCCCUGCAGUCGGAUCUGCACAAGAGCGGGCACAACGCGUACAGCCAUGAGAUCAUGGGAGUGCUGGUGGAGCUGGCCCUGGUCAUGGAGAAGCUGCCAUCCUGGGCAGCCCCUCAGCCGGUGAAGAAGAACCUGCUGACGAUGCGGGAUGAGGCGUACAUCUACCCCGAGCCGCUGGGGGUGGUGCUGGUGAUCGGUGCCUGGAACUACCCCUUCGUCCUGGUCAUGCAGCCGCUGAUCGGGGCCAUCGCAGCAGGCAAUGCGGUGGUGGUGAAGCCGUCAGAGGUCAGUGAGCACACGUCCCAGCUGAUUGCUGAUAUCCUCCCUCAGUACCUGGACCGGGAGCUGUACCCGGUGGUCACAGGAGGAGUGCCUGAGACAACGGAGCUGCUGAAGCAGAGAUUCGACCACAUCCUGUACACCGGGAACACCGCCGUGGGCAAAAUCGUGAUGGCAGCGGCUGCCAAGCACCUGACGCCCGUCACCCUGGAGCUGGGUGGGAAGAGCCCCUGCUACAUCGACAAGGACUGCGACCUGGCCGUCGCCUGCAGGCGGAUAACGUGGGGGAAGUACAUGAACUGUGGGCAAACCUGCAUUGCCCCGGACUACAUCCUGUGCGAGCCGUCCAUCCAGAGCCAGGUGGUGGAGAACAUUAAGGCGACUCUGCAGGAGUUCUACGGGGAAGAUGUGAAGAAGUCUCCGGAUUACGAGAGGAUCGUCAACAAGCGCCACUUCAGGAGGAUCGUGAGCCUGCUGGAAGGCCAGAAGAUCGCGCACGGGGGAGAGACGGAUGAGGCCUCCUGCUUCAUAGCACCCACCAUCCUGACGGACGUUUCUGCGGAGUCCAAGGUGAUGGAGGAGGAGAUCUUUGGGCCGGUGCUUCCGAUUGUGUCAGUGAAGGGCGUGGACGAAGCCAUUGAGUUCAUCAACAGUCGGGAGAAGCCCCUUGCCCUCUAUGUCUUCUCCAACGACAAGAAGGUAAUCAAGAGAGUCAUCUCAGAAACCUCCAGUGGGGGCGUUACUGGAAAUGAUGUUAUCAUGCAUUACUUGCUCUCAAGUUUACCCUUUGGUGGUGUCGGGAACAGCGGGAUGGGUGCCUACCAUGGCAAGCACAGCUUUGAGACCUUCUCCCACCGCCGCGCCUGCUUGAUCAAGGACCUGAAGAUGGAGGGCAUGAACAAACUCCGGUACCCGCCUGGCAGCCAGAAGAAGCUGGAUUGGGCCAAGUUCUUCAUUUUGAAGCGGUUUAACAAGGUCCGAGUUGGACUGUCGUUGAAGUGAUUACUGUGAAUUUCAUGUUUAUGGCUCAUUAGAUAUGAAAGAUACCAGGUGUAGGAGUUGAACAUUUAUUGCAGCUUUUCAAACAGCAGGGCUAUUAAUAAGGCACCUUUCUGCCACAUCUUUGUAGGCAAAGUUUCUGCUAGUUCAAAAUGGGAUUGAUAUUCAUCAGUAGUGCCUGACAUCUUUCUUGUAUUAUACUGGAAAAUGUGAAUCUGGAUCAGGAUGUUUAACUAUUCAUGUAAUACCUAAACAGUCUGAGUAGAUUUGUCAUUUCACCAACUAAUGAAUUUCAUAAAAUUUUCUAUAUAACGUA